AUGUCAGGGUUCCCAUCAGAAUUAAAUUUACACAGGAUACAGAUGAAAAAUGUGACCGAAGUCACAAUGUUCAUAUUGACGGGCUUCACAGAUGAUUUUGAAGUGCAAAUCGUUCUCUUCUUACUAUUUCUAGCAAUCUACCUUUUUACUCUGGUAGGAAAUUUGGGACUGGUUAUACUGGUCAUUGGGGAUGCUCGGCUCCACAACCCCAUGUACUACUUCCUGAGUGUAUUGUCUUUCUUGGAUGCCUGCUAUUCUUCAGUUGUCACCCCAAAAAUGUUGGUCAAUUUCCUCGCAGAGAAUAAAGCCAUUUCCUAUGUUGGGUGUGCAGCCCAGAUGCUUCUCUUUGUUACCUUUGGGACCACAGAAUGCUUUCUCUUGGCCGCAAUGGCCUAUGACCGCUAUGUAGCAAUCUACAACCCGCUCCUGUACUCCGUGAUCAUGUCACCCAGAGUCUAUGUGCCACUCAUCAUUGGUUCCUAUGUGGGUGGCAUUUUGAAUGCUUCUGUCCACACAUUGGCCACCUUUAGCCUGUCC